AUGCACGACUUUGUCCAGGCCAUCUCCGAAGAAGGCGGGCCGGUGCUUCCAAAUGCAACAUUACAACUUUCUACGUUGCCUGGAUCGACUUUCGCAGGACGGGCGUUUCAUGAUGUGGGUCUGCGGCUUGCCAAGGAGGCAUGGAAUCCAGGCAAAGCUAACCGCUACCCCAAGUCGGGAUGUGAAAACGGUUGGGCGCCAGGCCUCGCCUUUCCAACAGCAUCUGAUGGCCUCGGCACCGUCGGCCUGGCCGUGGCGCAGGACCUGUUGGGGGAUGCGGUUCCACGUGCCGUGGCAGCGGUGCUCUCUGGCGGCCAGGCGCCGUGCGCCACUGUGCUGCCAGGAACCGUCAUGUCGGAGCCAAGUACGUUGAGCACGGCAUGUUGGGACAGCCCGGCUGGGAGCUCGGCAAGGCUGGACUUUGUGGUGGCUCACUGCAAGGAGCCUCUGGACUGGUUGCAGACCAAGCUGCAGCGCGUUCCUCCAAGCUCCAGGCUUUUCAUUUACGAGAAGUGCGGCACCUCGACGGACCCGGGGUCCGUUGCAGCUGGGAAGUUUCAAGCGGUGCGUGUGGUCUCGCGGCCGGACAUAGGAGCGGCACGUGGUGAUGAGUGCUCGGCGUACUUGACCCACAUCCUGGCGAACUACCAUGAUCGCCUUGCUGACUUUACAAUCUUCCUUCAGAGUGACCCGAUGGAUCACUUGCACAUGGACUUCUUGGACCUCGUGCUCAGGAGCAUUGCAGCCGGCACCUAUGACGUGGGGUUUCUUCCUUUGAAUGGUCCUCGCCAUGUACGAACGCUGACCCCGUGCCUGCAAGCUGUCCAUGAAGAGAUCUUUGGCGAGAACCUCACGGCUCUUGUAGGGCCUUAUUGCUGCGCCCAGUUUGCGGUGUCCCGGGAGACGGUCCACCAGCGCAGCCUGGACUUCUAUGGUCGAAUGUUAAGCUUGGUCGAUGGAUCCAGAGACGUUGACCUAUGUGGUGUGGAGGGCACAAAGCGGAGUACGCAGUGCUACGGCUUCGAAUUCCUCUGGCAUGUAGUCUUUGGCCAGGAAGUCGACCCACCCAGCCGGGAAGACGACAUGCGCCUGCCUGUGUCACUGCGCUUAAAGCAUGGCAAGGAGCAUUCUCGGCUGAACUGGGUUGGAAUGCCCCUUGCCCGUGACAUCCCGCUGAAGCUGGUUUCUGGUGCUCUGUGGAAUGAGCUGCACCAGCUCACUCAUGACCAUCUCGACCUGGCAGGCGUGACGCUGCCGUCCUCGCUGCUCCCAGUGGUGCGGCGAGUUCUGCAGAUUUGGACGCCUUUGGCGCUGCUGAGGGCACGGCAAGAGCUGUCGGCACACCUGAGUCUUUGGCAGACUGGCCGGUUUGCAAGGACUGCCGGGUCCUCCGAGACAUCCGAGACAUCCGAGACAUCCUGCUUGUAUGGAAUCAUGACUGCAAACUUCUGGCGCUGCUUCGACGUCUCUGCGCCUUCGGCAUCUUCAGCAUCUUCAGCGUCUUCAGCGUCUUCGUUUGGCGUUUUACGAUGCUUGCAGCGCAUUACCCGUGGUUCCCUCGUGACCAUGGACACCCGAGAGAGCUGGGGUCCUUUAGAGUUCUCCCAGAGCUCACGCUGGCCCCUACAGCUGCUUGAUGUGAGACUGGUUCAGGAUCAGUGGGCUGGUUGCAGUGAGUCAGGCUUGCCUGCAUCAGCGUGCCCUGCACUUGGCGUCCCGAAACUUCGUCUCUUGCAUGGUUUGGUUCCUUACAAAAUUGACGCACCGACGCCGGCAUCAGAACGUGUGCUCCAACAGCUCAAAGAUUUCCCACAAAAUGAGCCUUCUCCCCUGCAUGCUGUGAAGACCUCGCGCCACUUUCAGCUGACUGUUGUUGGCUCUCACAUGGGCAGCAACAUGGAACCUCUGUCCAUGGUCGAGGAGUGCUUUGCUCGGGUAGGCUUGUCAUUGGACUCCACGGUGCUGGGCACCACUUAUCCCUUUCCAGAGAUCAUGUGUGAGUCCUUCGGCCACUGUGCAAGCAAUCGGUACAUUGACGAUGCCGUGCGGCUUCUUGUCCAACAGAUGUAUCGGCCGGCUUGGGAGCCGCAUCAGCUGCUGAACUUGCUAUCUGCAGGAUUGAAGGAUCCUGGCAUGCAGCCAGAUCUCUUUCUUUGUGCGCAACCGAUGGCCUUGUGCUCUUUCUUGCGUAGCCUCACUAUGCAGCCCAUGCUGUUGUAUCAAGCCUUCCCGCUUGUCGGUGCCACGCCCAACAGCUUUCGGCACCUCCUGCUCGUGCAGUUGCGAGAAGUACAGGUCUCCAAUCCGAGACGUUCCAGCCUUGUGGCGUACUCGGAGUUCCUCGCGCAGCAGGUGCAGCGUCAGACGGGACAGCGACCUCAGUGCUUGCGACCUCACUCGCUGUAUGCCUUGAGAGGAAGGGGAGGAAGUGCGACUUCCACUUACGACCCUGACACGCAAAAUCCUCGAGUCUUGCUGGGGAGGAUGGCUGGUUGGGCUCGGGACGGUGCCGGCGCCAUGGUGCGGCUGAUGGAAGCCUUCGCUGAGGACUUGCUUAGGCCCAGCACUUCACUGCGCUUGGUGUUCCUUGGCCUCAGUCGCGAUGCAUCAGAGACAGUUGCUGGUAUAGCUCGUCCUUUCAGCUACCACGAGCUCCGCCGAUUCCGGGCCGCUGUCUACUUUCCAUGGGACAUGGGAAUGCUUUUGUUUAGUGAGCUCUAUGCCAUUGGCGUUCCGACCUUUCUGCCUGACCGCGCCUGGGUGGUGUCGAUCAUCAAGAGAAUGUUGGAGUACACCGAUUUUGGAUGGUGGCAGGCUCGAGAGGAGGGCUCCUCUGUAGCUUUGCCUGUGGCGUCCAACGUGUCCUUGAACUGGCCCUGGUUUGGCGAGAACUCUACAGUGGCACAUAUUCUCUCGCUGUACGACCUGACCGACUUCGUUCGCUGGCCCUAUGUGACGACCUUUCCCAGCCUUGCCCGCCUAAUGACUGCGCUCCGAAACGCAGAUUUCGAUGCGACGAGCAGGCUGAUGCUGCGAUGGAAUGAGGCAACCCUGCCACUGUCACUGAAUAUUCUUGGGCGUACGCUGGCAGCCAUGUUGGACAACACCACUGAUCCACCACCUGUUGACGAGUCCAGCUGCGUGUAA